AUGGCCUUAAAAAUUCUUUAUAUCCGGAAUUGCAAGAAAUUAGAUUUUCCCCUUGCAAAUGAGAAUGUACACCCGGAUGAACUUGAAGAUUUGAGUGUAGGGAGUAGCUGUGACUCCCUGACAGACCUCUCCUUACACUUGUUUCCAAAACUUAGAAGACUUUCUAUUUGGGAUUGUGCAAAACUGCAGAAACUCGGAGGAUUGCCUACCCCCAAUUUGAAGUCCAUUUGGUACUCUAAUUGCAAGAGUCUCGAGAAACUACCUGAUCAGUUGGGCACUCUUGAACAUCUCACGGCAAUGUUUAUGAAUGAUUGCCCCGAACUUGAACCACUCUCAAAACAGGUUUUGCCUUCGAAACUUUGUUUACUUAGGAUCACUUCCUGCAACAAACUCAUUUCCGGGAAGGAGUGGGGGUUGCACGGGCUUGCCAGUCUCUGUCUUUUGGAGAUUGAAGGUGAAUGUAAAAACGUGGAGUCAUUCCCAGUGGAAGGAUUACUGCCCAGAAAUCUCAGUUCUCUACGCAUCAGUGGACUUUUGGAUCUCGAAAAGUGGGACAACACGGGCCUAAAGAAACUUGAGUCUCUUAAAACACUAGAGAUUAGCUGCUGUGAGAAACUCCAGUCCUUGCAGUAG